AUCGAUCGCUUGAAGUGAGCGAAUCCCAAAAACGAAAUCCGAACUACCCCGAGUAAAUCAAUCUACAGUAGCGAGAUGUACGCCCAAGUGUGUGUACUCCUCCUGGCCGUUGGCCUCAGCCAGGCCUUUAUGUCCGAGCCCGUGGUUCUACCGCAGGAGCAUUUAAUGCGGCUCGUGCUGCAGACGCGUGAUGUCGGAACCGACGCUUCCCACUCUCUCGAGUGCCUUGCCUACUAUAUGGCGGAGAUGAACGCGGUCGGAGAGAAAUUUGAUACGGAAACAAAGGAGUGCAUCAGCGCGGCGCAGCUCAAGGUGGAAGCCAUCAACGAUGACACCCAGCCCAACCGUACCGCCAUUGACGAUUCCGCCGAGAGCUCUUGUCAAGCCCUCAAGGAGUGCACCUCUAUUGAUGUCGCCGAGAAUUACUUUGCGUGCACCGCCCAAGCCGGUUCCGAAAACGCCAAGUCCAUGUUCACCAUCUCUGCCAAUUCGAACGAGCUGGUGGCCCAAAUCAAGGAGACGUACCGCCAAAUCCAGGUGUGGCAAUACGAUUGCACCAACAAGACGCAGCGCGAAUAUGCCGAGAACUCUGCUGCUGUCUACGAGGAUAUGAGCGCCUGCAUGUCCGGAGCUGAUAUUCCAACGACGGGACCAACCACAUCCGCUCCUCCUACAGACUCAACAGAGAGCUCUACAGAGUCGUCAACAGAGAGUUCCACUGAGUCGUCAACAGAGAGUUCUACAGAGUCGUCAACAGAGAGUUCCACUGAGUCGUCAACAGAGAGUUCCACUGAGUCGUCAACAGAGAGUUCUACAGAGUCGUCAACAGAGAGUUCCACUGAGUCGUCAACAGAGAGUUCUACAGAGUCGUCAACAGAAAGUUCUACAGAGUCGUCAACAGAGAGUUCUACAGAGUCGUCAACAGAGAGUUCUACAGAGUCGUCAACAGAGAGUUCUACAGUUACCACAACCACCGAAGACAACAAGGAGUCGCCGCCUGAAGAGGAUUUGAAUCAUCUGAUCAGCAAGAUUGAGAGCAACGGAAACAGAGACGUGAAACAGAUUUUGAAGAAUAUUCAGAAGUGGCUCAAGCAAAACUAAGACUUUAGUUGCUUAAACAUUCAAUUUAAAAGCCUACAAUAAAGAAAGCAUAAAUGUA